AGAAGAGACACGGGGAGAGAGACGGAGAGAGAGAGAGGAGGAGGCACGGGGGUAGAGGAGACGCAGGGAGAGAGGAGGAGGAGGAGGCACGGCGCUUGUUGCCAUGGCCCGGAGCUCCCGUGCUACCACGAGGGGUAGCAGCAGCAGCAGCAGCGGCUCUCUGCUGCUCGCCAUCCCCACCACCACCUUCACCACCACCAUCAUCAUCUCCACCACCUUCCUAGCCUUGCUCUGCCUCGCUGCGCCUUGCGGAGGAGCGCAGCUGCUGCAACAACAACAGCAUCAUCAUCAGCAUCAUCACCGGCACCAGCUUCAUCGCCCGCAGCACGAGGAGGAGCAGCAGCAGCAGCAGCGGCAGGAGGUGGUGGUGGUGGAGGAUGCGGGGGGCCACAGCCUGCACCCCCCUUACUUCAACCUGGCCGAGGGGGCCGCGAUCUCGGCCACGGCGACGUGCGGCCACGAGGCGGGAGGACUGCCUCGGGAGCAGCUCUACUGCAAGCUCGUGGGCGGGCCCGUGGCCGGGGACCCCGCGCAGACCAUACAGGGCCAGUUUUGCGACGUGUGCCGCGUGGACGCGCCCGAGAAGGCGCACCCCGCCAAGAACGCCAUCGACGGCACCGAGCGCUGGUGGCAGAGUCCGCCGCUCUCGCAGGGGCUCCAGUUCAACACCGUGAACGUCACGCUCGACUUCGGCCAGCUUUACCACGUGGCCUACGUGCUCAUCAAGUUUGCCAACUCGCCAAGGCCGGACCUGUGGGUGCUGGAACGCUCCACGGAUUUUGGGCAGUCCUACGCUCCGUGGCAGUACUUCGCUUCUUCAAAGACCGACUGCUGGGAGCUGUUUGGAGCGAAGACCCUCGAGAAAAUCCGCAACGACGACGACGUCAUCUGCACCACGGAGUACUCCAGGAUUGUGCCGCUGGAGGACGGGGAGGUCGUCAUCUCGCUCGUCAACGGGCGGCCCGGCUCCACGAACUUCUCCUACUCGGAGGUGCUGCGCGACUUCACCAAGGCCACCAACGUGCGCCUGCGCUUCCUGAGGACCAACACGCUCCUGGGUCACCUGAUGGCCAAGGCGCAGCGGGACCCCACGGUGACGCGCAGGUACUACUACAGCAUCAAGGACAUCAGCAUCGGUGGGCGCUGCGUGUGUCACGGCCACGCCGACAGCUGCAGAGCCAGGAACCCGCACAACCCCUACCUACUGCGGUGCGAGUGCCAGCACAACACGUGUGGGCAGUCGUGUGAGACCUGCUGCCCCGGCUUCCACCAGAAGCCCUGGAGACCGGCCACCGUCGACAGCGCCAACGAGUGUGAACCCUGCAACUGCCACGGCCACUCGGAGGAGUGCGAGUACGAGGCGGAGGUGGAGAGGACGAGAGGGAGCCUGAACGUGCGCGGGGAGCGCGAGGGCGGAGGUCGCUGCCUCAACUGCCGGCACAACACGGACGGGGUGAACUGCGAGCGCUGCAAGCCGGGAUUCUACCGCCUGGCGGGGGUGCCUCCCACCGCUCAGGACUCGUGCCAGGCGUGCGACUGCGAGUUGGAACACACGCUGGGCGGCUGCGAGGAUCGGAGCGGCUACUGCCUCUGCAGGCCCAACUUCUCCGGGGAGCGGUGCCAGCAGUGCGCCCGCGGCUUCCUUGGCUACCCCCACUGCUGGCCUCUCCGGAACACAAGCUUCCCAACUCCGCCGCCCGUCGCUCAGCAAGUAGCCCACAUCACAGUGAGCUGUGAGUGCUCUGCCGACGGCUCGGACGCCUGCUUCCGGAGCACGGCCACGGGGCAGUGCCCAUGCCGGCGCGGCUUCACCGGCGUCACGUGCAGCGCGUGUGCACCCGGGCACCACGGCUACCCUCGCUGCCAGGAGUGCGACUGCUCCGUCCCCGGCGCCGACGGGGCGGGCUGCGACCCGGUGUCGGGGCGGUGCUCGUGCCGGACCGGCUUCCAGGGCCCUCGCUGUGAACUCUGCGCCGCCGGGUACCACAACUACCCGCUGUGCCAGCUGUGCCAGUGCUACCAGGACGGCUGCCAGGAGGACGUGUGCAACGACUUUGGGCGCUGCAUGUGCCGCCCGGAGUACGGCGGCUCCCACUGCGAGACCUGCAACCCCGGCUUCCACAGCUUUCCUCAGUGCCAGGAGUGCGUGUGCGAGCCGGCCGGCUCGCUGGAGACUCACUGCGGCCACGGCGGGCGCUGCGCGUGCCAGCCCAACUUCGCGGGCUCGCGCUGCGAACGCUGCGCCGACGGCUUCUACGGCUUCCCCGUGUGCAUGCCGUGUGACUGCAACCUGGACGGUUCGCUGUCGGCCGCCUGCGACCAGCACAGCGGGCAGUGCGCGUGCCGGGCCGGCAUCCUGGGCCACAAGUGUGAAGCGUGCAUCCCCGGCUCCUACGACUUCCCGCGCUGCGAGGUGUCGUCGUGCGUUCCAUCCGGUUCACUCGUCAGCAACACCGUGCCCUCCGAGGGCUCCUGCCAGUGCCGGGAGCACGUGACGGGGCCCGAGUGUGACGUGUGCAAGCCCCUCUACUGGAAUAUCAACUCCUACAAUCCCUCUGGCUGUGAAGGCUGCCACUGUGACGGACAGGGCACUCUGAGUGGCGUAGCUGAGUGUGAGCAGCUGGCGGGGCAGUGCUACUGCAAGCCCAACGUGGGCACGCGGUCCUGCACGGCCUGCGAGGACGGAUACUUCUCGCUCGAAGCCGACAACUACUUUGGCUGCCGAGGCUGCCUCUGCGACGUGGGGGGGUCUCUGGGCCGCGGCUGCGACAGCCGCACAGGCGCCUGCAGCUGCCGCCCCCACAUGGGAGGGCGCCGCUGCGACCGGCCGGAGCAGCACUACUUCUUGCCAGGGAUGCACGCGCUGCGGGUGGAGGUGGAGGAGGGGCUCACGCUGGAGGGGCGCCCCGUGCGCUUCGGCUUCGACCCGAACGAGUUCAGCGACUUCAGCUGGCGCGGCUACGCGCAGAUGUCCUGCCUGCAGACGCAGCUGGUGGUGCGGGUGCAGGUGGAGCUGCCGCUGCUGUACCGCGUGGUGUUCCGCUACCAGAGCGCGGUGCCGCACGACGUACAGGCGGUGAUCUCCGUCACCGAGGACUUCAGCUCGGACACCUGCUGGAGCUGCCAGGAGCAGAGCCGCUCGGUGACGUUUGGCCGCGCGGCGUCGCCGGCCCUGGUGACGGUGCCCGGGAACGGGGCGCCCGCCACCCCCUUCGUGCUCAACCCCGGCACGUGGUACAUCGUCAUCGAGGUGCAGGACGUGCUGCUGGAUUACCUGGUGCUGCUGCCCAGCAGCUACUAUGAGGCUCCCGCACUGCAGGUGAAGGUCACGGAGCCCUGCCGCCACAGCGCGACCCUCGACCAAGCCAAUGACAACUGCCUGCUCUACUCCUUCCUGCCGCUCGACGGCUUCGCGAGCGCGGCCGCGGCGCUGGGAUUCCACGUGGACCGCUCGGGCCAGCGUGUCGCCGUGCAGGGGCACACUCCACCCCACCUCUCCCCGGCUGCCGUGGUGGAACUCGGCGCCCAGCACGACAACUUGCACGUGGCGCUGGACGGGCUGGAGCCGGGCGACCACGCGCUCGUGCUCGAGUUUGCGAGCGAGGCCGAAGCGAGCCAGACCCCGGCCGUCACGGUGCGGCACGGCCUGGGUGCGGAGCCGCAGGCCACCGUCACCAUCCAGCCCUGCGACUUCAGCUUCCUGUGCCGGGCCGUGGCGGUGGACGCUCGUGGCCGCGUCGCCGUCUUCUCGCUCGCCAGCCACGCCGACGUCGUCGUCAGCGGCCAGGGCCUCCGCCGCCUCCUCCUCCACAAGAUUCAUGCUGUCCCGUACAAGGACUUCAGCAUGGAGCUGGUGGAGCCGCUCGUGCACUGUGUGAGCACGCACGGUACUCAUCCCAGCCACAGCGCUCGCUGCGUCGACUCCACGUUCUCUCAGCCGGCGGGCUCGGUGCGCUCCGAGGGGGGCCGCCCGGCCCCCACCGGCGCCGGGCAGCGGAGGCCGCCCGGCGGCGCCCAGGGAGCGCCGCCGCUCGUCCACCUGCACGGCGAGGAGGUGCGAGCGAGCGUGCGUCUGGUCGUGCCGGCUGUGGGGCGCUACGUGUUCGUGGUGCACUUCCACCAGCCCCUGCACCCGUCCUUCCGCACCGACAUUCACCUGGACGCGGGCCUCUCGUGGCACGGGCAGCUCAACGCUUCUGCGUGCGUCAACGGCCGGGGCUGCCGCGGGGCGGUGGAGGCCGACGGCUGGCUGGGGCUGGACGUGACGUCUCUGCACGUCGUCGCCACCGUCAUCGUGCCGCACGGCCGCUCCCUUUGGCUGGAGUACGUGCUCGCGGUCCCGGAGGACUCGUUUGACCCCACCAUGCUAUCCCCCGAGCCCACCGACAAGUCCGCCGACUUCAUCUCGCUCUGCGGAGGAAACAGCUUUCACGUCGACCCCGCGGCAUCGCCUCCCUUCUGCCGCGACGCGUCCGCCUCCCUCUCCGCCUUCCACAACGGCGGCGCGCGGCCGUGCGAGUGCCACGGCGCCGGCUCGCUGGGCCCCGACUGCGAGCCGCUCGGCGGGCAGUGCCGCUGCCGGGCCAAUGUGAUCGGCCGGCAGUGCACGCGAUGCGCCACGGGGCACUACGGCUUCCCGCACUGCCGCCCGUGCGAGUGCAGCGGGCGGCUGUGCGACGAGACGACGGGCGGCUGCAUCUGCCCGCAGCGCACGCUGCUGCCCGAGUGCACGCAGUGCGAGCCGCUCAGCUUCGCCUGCCACCCGCUCGUCGGCUGCGAGGAGUGCGCCUGCGCCGGCGAGGGGACGCUCAACCCGCAGCCCGCCAGCUGCGACUCGCGGACCGGGCAGUGCCGGUGCAAGGCCAACGUGUCCGGGCGGCAGUGCGACCAGUGCUUGCCCGGAUUUUUCCAGUACCCGGACUGCCUGCCCUGCAACUGCGAACUGGCCGGGAUCACUCAAGCCCAGUGUGACCCCUUCACCGGGCAGUGUCUGUGCAAGGAGAACGUGGAGGGCGGACGGUGCGAGCGGUGCCGGGCCGGCACCUUCUCCCUGAGUGCCGCAAACCCAAAGGGCUGCACCAGCUGCUUCUGUUUUGGCGUCACCGACCAGUGCCAGAGUUCCGUCCGCCGCUGGGAACCGGAGAUGGAGAUGGCUGGUUGGAGAUUGGUUGGAGGCCGACAGGGUCCCAUCUUCGCCCACCUUGACCAGCACAGGAACCGCGCGACCGUACGGGAUUGGGAGCCGGAGUCCCCGCUUAACGAGGUCUACUGGGCGGCUCCUGCCUCCUAUCUGGGUGACAAGGUCCACUGGUAUGGAGCCACCCUGAGCUAUCAGCUGAGCUGGGAGGGCCCCGUGGAGGUGCCCAACGCAAUAUCACAUGACCAUCGCCCUCUACUGCUCCUGUCGGGCAAUGGCCUCACGCUGCUGCACAUGGGGCAGGAGCGGCCUGGGCCAGACCAGACCAGCGAGGGCAACGUGCAGCUCGUGGAGGGGAACUUCGUGCACAGCAGCAGCGGGAGCCGCGGGGUGACGCGCGAGGAGCUCGUGCUGGUGCUGGCCGGGCUGCAGGAGCUGCACGUGCGCACGCUCGGCGUCCCCCCGUCGUACCCGCACGUCACUGCCGCCCUGCGCUCGCACGCCGGCUCCGUCUACGACCCCUCCUCCGGCCCCGCGAGCGGCGGCCCGGCCUACGUGCUGCACGUGGGGCGCGUGCGCGUGGAGCCCGACGCAGCCCCCGUGGAGCAGUGCUUCUGUCCCAGCAGCUACCGCGGGGAAUCGUGCCAGGAGUGUGCGCCCGGCUACUACCGGGACACGCGAGGGCCCUACCUGGGCCGCUGCCUGCCCUGCGACUGCAAUGGACACUCGGACCAGUGUGAGCACGGCACGGGAGCCUGCCUGCGCUGUCAGCACAACACGCAGGGCGAGAGCUGCGAACGCUGCCAGCCGGGACACGUGGGCAACGCCAGUGCGGGUGCUGCCCAGCCUUGCCAGCCCUGCCCCUGUCCUCUCGCCCUGCACUCCAACAGUUUCUCCAUGGGCUGCACUGACCGCGACGGAGAGAUGAAGUGUCUGUGCAAGAGCGGCUACGCGGGGAGCAAGUGUGACAGGUGCGCUCCGGGCUUCUACGGGAACCCCACGGUGAUCGGCAGCGCGUGCCGCCCCUGCGACUGCAACGGCAACUCGGACCCCAACAUGAUCUUCGAGGACUGCCACAACGUGACGGGCGCGUGCGGCUCCUGCGUGCCGGGCACCGCGGGGCCCCGCUGCCAGCUCUGCGCGCCGGGCUUCUACGGUGACGCCGUCGUCGCCAAGAACUGCACCGCGUGCGCGUGCGACGCGUGCGGCACGCAGGAGUGUGACGUCCGCACGGGCCGGUGCCACUGCAAGCCGGGCGUCACCGGGCCUCGCUGCUCCAGCUGCCGCGAGGGAUACUACGGCUUCGACGGCUGCCAGGGCUGCCGGGCGUGCGAGUGCGGCGGUGGCGGUGGCGGUGCGUGCGACGUCACCACUGGGCAGUGCGCCUGCCCCCCGGGGGUCGAGGGCAUCGCCUGCGACCGAUGUCAGCCGGGACACUGGGACCUGGGGCCCCAGGGCUGCAGGAGGUGUGAGUGCCACACGGGGCAGUGCGACCCAAGCAGUGGACGGUGUUCGUGCCCCCACGGGGUCACAGGGCCCCAGUGCGGCUCCUGCCUCGACCCGCACUCCCUGCCGCUCCCAAAUCCUCACGGCACCGUGCACUGUCAACCCUGCGACAACUGCGUCGUGGUCCUGCUGGACGACCUGCGGCGCUCGGACGCCGAGGCGGAGGCGACGCGCCUGCGGCUGCGCAACCUCACGGCCGCCACCUUCGCCUUCACGCGCCUCCACAACGUCAACGAGUCGGCGAGCUCCACGCGGGCGGCUCUGGACCAGGUGAACGGCCUCAUGGUGAGGCAGCGCGGUCAGCUGGAUGCGAUGGAGAUGAACCUGCCGGGGUUCGCGCAGGAGUCGGAGGCUCUCCACGCACGGGCCAACGCCUCCCUGACGCUGGCCAAGAGGCUGGAGGCCGCCGUGGAGUCGAGCCGGCAGCAAGCGGAGGGGCUGCUGCACGGCGUGCACCGCCUGGCGACACACGUCCAGGAUCUCCUGCGCCAAGCGGCGGAGCUGGAGCGGAGCCCCGAGUCGGGGGGGGCGUUGCCGUCGUCCGACGAGUUCCAGCGCAAGAUGGCGGAGGCGACGCGCCUGCUGGACGACAUGAGGCGGCGCUCGCUGCACGCGCAGGACGAGCUAGCGCGGCAGGAGAAGCACCUCGCUGAGAAACUGCUGCGGAGCGUGCAGCAGGAGGUCGGCGUCCCCGCGGGAGAGACGGCGGCCAUGGGGGCAGCCGUCACGAAGGACCUCGACGCCUACCAGGCCAAGCUCAUGGAACUCCGCGACGUUCUCAACCAAGCGAGCAACGCCAGCCGGCGCGCAUCCACCGUCAACAGCGUCGGCCGGGACGCGCUGCGGGACAACGAGGCGAAGGGGCAGCAGGUGGCCAGGUUGGUGCAGGAAGCUCUCGGUGUGCUGAACGCGGCGGAGCAGCAGCUGCUGGACGCGUACCAGAGCCUGCAGGGCCUGGAGAACAUGCGCACCGAGUGCGAGCAGCUGGCGGCCGAGGUGGACGGCGCCCUGCAGGGUCUCUCCGCGUGGCUCAACGAGCGCGGGCCCACCGGGGACCUCGAGUCGCUGGUGCAGCGGGCGGAGGAGCACGCGCGGCGCAUGCAGGAGGCGGUGCGCAACCUCACCCGGAGCGUGGCGACAGACGACACCAGCGGCUUCACACAGAAGGCGAUCAACGCCUCCAGGGCCUACGGGGACAUCAUCAAGGCCCUCAAGGAGGCCGAGGCGGCCUCAACGAUGGCACUCGACACGGCCAUGCGCGUCGAGCAGGACGUGGACACCAAAGACUUUCCAAGGAAAGCGAAGGCCUCACGAGAGGAGAGCGAGAACCAGCUGAUCAACGCAAACACCGCCAAGGACCAGUUGGAGUCCGUGACAGAGCAGGAACUGCAAGGAGCGAAGGAGCGGUUGGCCGCGACCCAGCGCAAGCGAGCAGAAGUGCAGGCGGCGCUAAAAGCCGCCAUCGACAACAUCAACAUGGUCUCCCGAGGGGACGUGGGAGAGGUGCUGAACCGCACGCUGCAGGCGGCCGGCGACGCGCAGGCCGUCGCCGCCGAGGUGGACGCCGCCGUGGGGCCCGUGGAGCGGCAGCUCGACGAGUGGAGGGCCAAGUUCGGCCGCGCGCCGGCCGACAACGCGGCCUACAGCGCCGCCCUCACCGACGCCAAAAGGACGAUGAAAACCCUGGCGGAGACGAUCCCCGACAUCCUGCAGAAGCUGGAUCGCCUGCAGAACCGCAUCCCGUCCUCGAACAUCGCCAACAACAUCUCCCGCAUCCAGACGCUCAUCGCACAGGCCCGGGAUGCGGCCAUGAAGGUCAAGGUGUCCAUGAAGUUCAACGGCACCUCGGGGGUCCAGGUGCGCCCGCUGCAGAACCUGCAGGACCUCAAGGCCUACUCGCUCCUCAGCUUCUACAUCCGCAUGGGCGAGCAGCAGCGGCGGCGGCAGACGGAGCCCGACAGCCGCUUCGUCAUGUACCUGGGCAGCAAGAAGGCCGACAAGAACUUCCUGGGCGUCACGGUGAAGAACGGCAACAUCGCGUACGUGUACAACCUGGGCGGGGAGGACGCUGAGCUGCAGGUGGAGGACAAACGGAUAAGCGGGGAGGACUUCACGCAAGUCCGCAUCGAGCGCAUCAAGCAGCACGGGAAGCUGCGCGUGACGGAGAAGCAGUACACGAGCACGGCCACCGGCUCGCUGUCCGGCGACUUCUCCCUGCUGCACCUCGACCCCGAGGACACCGUCUUCUACGUCGGGGGCGUCCCCCCCGGAUUCCAGCUGCCCCCGAGCCUGCGCUACCCCAACUUCAUCGGCUGCAUCGAGCUUGCCACCAUCAACGACAACGCAGUGAGCCUCUACAACUUUGAGCGGCUCAUCAACAUGAACACCACGCUCUCCUACCCGUGCGGGCGAGGCAAGGGCUUCUCGGAGAGGAACAGCAACACCUUCUACUUCGACGGCUCGGGUUUCAUCAGCGUGGAGGACGUGGACCGGGACAAGAAGAUCAAGCCCACGCUCGCCAAGUUCGACAUGGAGAUCCGCACGUCGGCCGACAACGCCCUCGUGCUCUACAUGGCUGACGGGGACAAGUUCCUGAGUCUGGAGAUCCAGGAGGGGCUGCUGAGGCUGGCGUACGACUUCGGCUACAGCCAGGGCGUCAGCAUUCCCACGCUCAUGGAGAAGAAGCCGGUCAACGACGGGCAGCCACACACGAUCCAGAUAAUUCACCGGCAGGCGGGCCGCAUGUACCUACGUCUGGACCGCAUCACCAUUGCACAGGGCGCCACGCAGCCCGGCACCAUGGUCUUCAAGCGCAUGUUCAUCGGCGGAGUCCCACCUGGAGCCAUCAGCGAGCGGAGCCGUACCCACGUGACGACGGAGACGGGGCUCAAGGGCUGCCUCCUGAGCCUCAAGGUGCAGGACACCAACCUGGACCUGCAGAAGGAACAGAUGAUCGGAGUGAGCGCCGGCUGCUCAGACGACGUGCUGGUGUCGCGCAAGGCCUUCCUGGCGGGCGACGGGUUCAUGUCGCUGGCCGUCAAGGAUCCCUUCCCCGUGCUGGAGACGGGGCUCACGUUCCGCACCAUGCAGCCAAGCGGCCUGCUCUUCUACUACUCCCUGCAGGGUGAGAUUCUGUCGGUCGCCCUCAAAGAGGGGGCGGUGGUCCUGAAGACGAAGGAGGACACCCUGCGGACCAUGAGCGCCGGAUACAACGACGGCUCCAACCACUACCUCUUCGCUCUGCGCAACUCCUCCAGCCUGCGCCUGGUGCUGGACGACGUGGACGCCAGCGACAGCGCGGCGCCCUCCCUGCGCCUCGCCGGCCGGGAGGCUCAGCCCGGACGCCUCUUCGUGGGCGGGGUCCCCGACGCGCCGCCGACGCCGCUCGGCUUCGACAACUUCUCCGGCUGCAUCAGCGACGUCUUCAUACGCCGGCCCGGCCGGGACGUGGUGGUGCAGGACCUGCAGCUGCUGAGCAAGGUGCAGGUGUCGCUGGAGAGCUGCCCCGACGAGCAGCGGCCGCCCGCGGCGCUAACGCUGGCCGCGGCGCCCCCCUCGUCGUCCCGGAGCAGCGCCCAGCGACAGCGCGCGGCCAGACUCCGCGGUUCGUCAGCGCGGCACCUGAGGCCCGUGCAGGACGGCGUGCCGGCGUGGCCCAGCGAGGGCGGCUGUGCGGGGCCGCGGGGCGGCCCCGGCGUGGGCACCGACGAUGACGCGGGGCUGCUCUUUGGGGACGGCAAGGAGAGCCGCGCCGAGUUCGCGCUCCCCACGCGCACGCUCGCCAAAUUGCACCUCUCGCUGGAGCUGAAGACCGACGCCAGCAACGGGCUGCUCGCGUACGUGUCCGGCGGCGGGGACGACGACGGGCAGCACCUGGCCGUGCACCUGGCCCACGGGCACCUCCACUUAACCGCCGGCAACACCAGGCAACGGGGCCAAAGGCUCAAGCUGAAGAGCCCCGAGAAGGUCAACGACGGCCAGUGGCACUCGGUGGAGGUGGUGGUGGGCCCCGAGGCUCACGGGGAGCUGAUCGUGGACGGCUCGGCGGCGAAGGCCGCCCCUGCACGCCGCAAGGGCCCGGAGCUCGUCCUGCGCUCCCCGCUCUACCUGGGCGGCGUCGCGAGCGGCACGGGCCGGCGAGACCUGCAGGGCCGCAGGAGGGCCGGGCUGCGUGGCUGCGUGCGCGGGGCCCGGCUCAACGGAGCGUCCCUGGGGGAGCCAGCACGCCGCUUCGCCGUGACGCCCUGCACCUCCGCGCCCACGACGCCCGGCGUGUUCUUCUCGCACGAAGGAGGCCACGUGCUGCUGGACGAGGCCGUGGAGGUGACUUCGAAGCUGGAUCUGGCGCUGGAGGUCCGGCCGCACCACCCCUCGGGGCAGCUGCUGCACCUGGGUCGCCCGGGCGCCGCGCGAUACCUCGCCCUCUACCUUCACGGUGGCCAGGUGACCGUGCUGGCUAACGAUGGCGUGGAGGAGUUCUCCGCCACGGUCUCCCCCACGCGCUCGCUGUGCGACGGCCAGUGGCAUCGCAUCGCAGUGAUCAAGACCAGGAGCGUGCUUCACUUGGACGUGGAUGGGGACGUGAGUAGCGUCAAGGGCCCGGCACUCGGGCUGCUCACGCAAGCGCAGCAGGAGCUGCACAUCGGAGGGCUGCCCCCCGGCCUGCCGGGCCCCUGGCCGGACAACAUCCCCCGGCUCUCGGCCUGCCUGCGGGGCCUCGCGCUCAACGGCAAGGCCCGCAACUUCGCCAAGGCGGCCUCCGUGCAGGGGGCGGUGCGUGUGCACGGCUGCCCGGAAGUCUAACGCCACCGCCACCCUCCAGACCGCCCUGCGUCUACACAGCCCGGCGUCUACAGACUGCCCGUUGUUUGCAAGCCUCACGUCUCUGUGGCUUUUGGCCAUUUCAAAAAAAAAUAAUAAACACCUGAAGUGAUUUUUUUUUAUUUGUUCAUUUAGCUUUUCCACGCACAGCCUUUUCUCAAUCCACUGCUGGAUGAGGGCCUCCCCGUUCUGUGCGGGUUGCGGGGGUUAUUUUAUCGUACAGUACGUCGCGUAUCCAACUGUCGUAUAUCCGCCCUGUCUAGUUAACCACCCAGACCCAGCGCAGUAAUUGUGCGUGAUGGUGUGACCGUCUUUUUCUAUCGAUGUUCACACCUCCGACCGUUUCAUAGAUCUGCCCAUAACCUCGGUUGCCCAGCGGGUCGGAUACGCGACGUUGCACCGCUUUGCACCGUGCUAGUCAGUGCGGGUUGGAAGACAGGGAGCGUAGGUGUCGUGGGAGCGUAUUACUGAAAUACAGCAAUGGAUUUUUCAGCACAACUCUCUGCUCCCAACCACUUUUAAGCCCCCCCCCCCUUAAUUAUGCCGCUUUAAGAAGCAGUCCAAAUCAAAGUUUCUACCUGCCUAGUCGAGCAUGGGGAGGGAAGAGCUCAUCUCUGAGUGGCUGAGAGCCAGUGGUUAAAACGUAACAUGCCUGUACUGGGGCCGGUAUUUCCAUAAGACACUCGCUUCACGGUUCAGACAAUUUGGUAGUCAUUUUCGUGGCCCCGGGUCGCAUGGCGAGUUGGCUCACCCCUCGGGGGGAAGUGGUCACGAACCGGUUUAGAGCACCGCGCUAUGAGUCCGGCGAGCCGAGUUCGAUUCCCGCUCAUGGUCAGUUAACAGUGGUGAAUAUUUGAAACGGUCCUGGGGUUUCUCUCCCCGAGGUUGACUCAGCCUUAAAAUAGUACCUUGGUUGGUGUGUAAACGCCAGUGCUGGGGGAGACAAAGGCGGUCUGGGGCGUGGUGUUGGUCACCUUCUCACUCCCUUUUGAGCCAUGCCGGGCCUUCUUGGAAGCUCUCUAACAGCACUUUGCCCCAGCAGUCCGUCCGAGGCUGUGGAGGUCAACACGGCACACCAGGGGGAGAUGUGGACAGGAACACGCCCGUCCACCUUUUGUAAAUGACACACUGCACCAGGUACUCGUAAAGAAACUUUUACUUUAUCAGCCAAAGCCCACUGAGCUCUUAGCUCUUAUUCAGAGGCGACCUUGGCCACAUGUGAUAUCUGAUCGCAGUGGCUGAUAUCAUCACACCCGGGAGUUUAUGGCAGCAGCCAAAAUAAUAUAAGCGCGUGUUUGUGAAUGUGGAAGGCAACAACCAGGGGUCCCAGAGAAAAAAUCCAGUGGGGAAAGAGAUCAUGCAAACUACAAACGUACAACAGGCUUCGUCAAGGUCGGGAUAAAACCAAACGACCUCUUGCAUUCGAGGCGAGGGAGAUAAUACCCUGGUCACCGAAGUGCACCGUUUAAGGAUGAGUCAACUUAGCGGAGGUUGAGAUAUCUGUCAUUGAUGUUGGUGGUGAACGAGAAUCGAACCUGGGACGCCAAGUUAAUAGGGCAAUGCGGCAACCAACUACGCUACCGCUCGCCCCACAAUAUCCAUGCAUAGUGUGGACAUUAUGUUCUGUGGUUUUCAAAGCUAAAGUUUUUCUCACGUAACGUCCCUGGCUCCCCAGGGCUAUGGAUGGAUCCAAAGCUUAGACUGACAUUGGGCGAAGUUGGACGCUGUGGUGUUGUAGGAAAGAGGGGAGAGGUUCUGCUUGGUAAACACCCCCCCCCCUCCCCAGCCGUGUAAUGGCGUAAGUGGUAUAUCCCAGAUUAAAUUGGCGCCACUAAGCCGCAAACUCAAGAGGAUUGUGUUGGGAGAGUGAGAAUACACCGUGCAGGACAUCUCUGAGUUAAAAAGCCUGCAUUGCGGGUUUAUAUAUAUACAUUCAGCAAAUGAACCUUAUGGCGGGACCCCGGGGUCCCAUAAGCCCCCGGCUCUCGCAUAAACUGCGUUGUGACGUCAUUUAUGUCUGUUGAAGGCGAACGACACGGCGAUCUAUUCCUCUCGACGAGCUCUGCACGACGCGCUAAUAAUCAAAGUUUCAAAGUUUCCUUUCUUCUGCGCAUUCGUCCUCGCUGCUGCGCUAGGACGACACGACAACGGAAUGAUCCGCGCCGGGUGGGUCGCGGCGUUUACGUGCGCGGUGGGACGGAGUCGCCAAUUAUGUCGUGGAGUAAAUUGGCCACAAUAAAAAGGGCAACAAUGAAA